ACUUUUACUUACAUCGAAGUCAUGCAUUGGAUUUUUCGUCUUCCAAAGACAACCCGGAGUUCCCCUUGGUAUUAUUCGCUUAGAAAACAUCGGCUUUCAUGUGUGCACUAAUGGCCAUCAUUGGCAUUUAGAGCAGUUUUCCAAGCGACAGCCGUGGCGGGGAUGUAGAUGUGAAGACUUCUUUUUGCGCGUUCUGCGCCAAUAAUAACGGGAACGCAGUAGAUUGAUAUAUGUUUGAAAAGGCAGGCUGCUUCCCGAAACUCGCCGUCUGAGUGCCGUCAGGCUGAGAAACGACGGGAGCGGUGGAGGGGGGGUUGCAGCCUACGGCCUCAGUCAGGCGAUGGUACGUGAGUAAAUUCCGCUGAAAAUGUGGAAGAGUGUUGGCUUUGCGGUCCUGUGUUUCCUUUUGAUUCUGUCACCUUCAUUUGUUCUUUCAAUAAGCGUCACUGAAAAGUGGUAGCUUACGCUUCUUCUUCGCAGAAGACGUGUUCAGAAGAUCCGCUGGUUUUCCGCGAGGGCACUCAACGAGGUCAAAAGUAGCGCAACGCCUUCGAUGUGGUGUCACUGGUGGACUCAACAUGCAGCAACAAAAAUUUGUGUAUCUAGUGUGUUCAACUGAGCACUUGUGUAAAAGUAAUGCGUUGUCAUUCGGUUCUUGUGGACUGGAUAGGAAGUUGUGGGGUUCUCGCCUCGACUUCGUAAUAGUUUAGAAACGCGCCUGUUUAAGUGUUGCCGUGUAGGAGGGAACCUAUACGGGAAUUAUGGUACGCGCCUUGUGUGUUGGGCAUAGUUCGUGAUUUUAGCUGAGAAAAAGUUGUCGGGAUGUUCGCUGUCAUUUAGAUCCCUUUUUUGGAUGAGCCAGAGGGAAGGGAACCUAGUAGGAAACAGGAACGGGACGGAGGGAGGAGUGACACACGACGAGUGAGACAACACGAAACACAAGAACAGAGGGGGAAAACACGACGAAGGCAGAACUGUCGCGGCUGAUGAAACAAGGACCCGUUUACGACGGAGAAAGACCCCGAAAAGAGAGACGGCAGCAAAGUGACGGGAGAACGCAAAGAAGGGAAACAGGAGAAACGUGCGGGAACGAGAUUCAAUUUAAAGCAAGAAGAGAGGUCAAGGUGGCCAGAAGGAACAAAGAGGAGACGACGCAGGGCAAAGUUAUCUACGGCAAAAAGGAGAUCGUCCUCAGUUCCUCCGGAAAUCAUGGCCGUGCCAGGAAGUAGACAGGCAGCCUUUUGGGUUCCGAUUUGCAUUGCGGUUUUCUCUCUCUUCUCCACACUCUACCUAGCAAUGGACUGGAUAAUGACAAUGUUCGAAAUUGGCCGGCCGGAGUAUCCAACUCAAGAGCAAGUCGAAUCGCAAUCGAUUCACUGGCACCCCCCGCCGACGAGUUUAGGAAGUGUCUUUCUUCCAAUUUCGUUUGCCCUGGGUUGUCUGACGUUCGCUUCCUCAUGUAUAGCGACGAUACGCGCUACGAAGGGUGCAAAGGACGAGAAUGCGUUGGCGGCGAACUGGCUGUUCUACCUCACUUUCUUCAUUUCUGCAGGCUUCGUGGCCACCAAUCUGAUGUUGUCGAUCAACGCAUGGUUGGCAAGACAGGAAGUUCGCGCGAGCUUUCUCUGUUCUCCUACCCAAGGCACUACGCUGCCUCAACAGAUUUGUACCCGGUUGUCCACAUGGAGACAGGAUAAUGACCUCAAGCUGCUGGUUCUCUUUCUGGUGUCGGGAGGUGCCGCGCUGGCUACGGGAGUGCUGACAGUCUGUCUGCUUGUCCUCAUCUGCAAGGCAGUGUGGUUUCCUCCUCUAGAAUACCCAGAAUUCCCUGCGAAAGGCACGACUCCGACUCGAGAUGUUUUACAGCUCUCGCCCUACGCCGUCAAAGCUGUUCAAGAAGCAGGGCGUCAAUAUUCCUCCUCAACAUUCCACAAUUCAGGGUCUGAAUUCGGCGUGCCAGUCGGAGUUGGCGCCUACGAUUUGUCGCCUGCAUCAUCCUGGUCGUCAAUAGCGCGAAGCAAGCGACAUAAUUUGUCAGCCGUUUUGCCGCACCGUUAGAUUCACGUGAAAACGCCGAUAGUGUCUCGGCAUUUAUUCUGCUCGUCUCUGCGUCAAGGCAACGACGCCACAACACUAGCAGCGGCAAAAAGCUGUAAUUCUUGUCGCUUUAAUCGCAAAAUGGUGAUGUUUAGUUUAAGCAGUCACCUUGUGGCAAAGUGUUGUUGGACAUUUUUUCCUCAGAAACAAGCAGGAGGAGCCAACCUUAGCUACGUUUGUGACGAUAUGGGUUCACUUAUGGAAAGAAAGGUACACUUCGUUUCGUUCGAUAGUCCGCGCUUAGUCUUACCGUCUCAUAAGACAUGAUUAUUUGUAAGUUUUUUCUGGGAAGUACAGAAAAAACUUGAAAAUAAUACUGGCUGAGAGAUGAGUACGCGUAGCAGAAGACAGUGUUGUGCAGGCGGCGGGUGCUGUCGGUAAGAGAUGGCGUUUCGUCAAUCCUCUCUAGUAGUUCCGUUGCCGAGUAAACUCCCGUGGUGGCAGGUUCUUUUGUUUUCGGGGACAGCAGCAUUCAAGAAGGGAGAGAGUGCAGCGGCCACGCAAAGGAACAUGGAGAUGUUCCAACCGGCUGACAGGUGCACUCGUGUGUAGGAACAAAGUCGGGGCGAACAAAGCAACGGAAAUUUGCCUGAGACCAUGACUCCAGCGAUAUAGAAAUGCAGUGAGGACGGAAGUCCAUCGCAGCGACAGUUCGUCAGACAAGGUUGUACAGGUGAAGUAGCGUGUUUCGAUCUCUGUUUCCCAUGGUUCUAAUUACGUGUCUCUGGUAGCUGGCAUUCUUUCUGUGUCGAUCGUGCCUGUUGAUAUCCCUUUCGGUUGUUCACCACUCCAAGUUUGCUUAGUCGCUUUUUCUCUCCUUCUUCUUCAAGUCGUUGACUUGUAUCCUUUGUUGGACGGUGGUCGGCUUUCUCUUCGUUUCACUUUCUGCAGCUGUCUUCGUCCGACCGCGUUCAUGCAGCAUUUUUUUCGUUUGGUGGGGUCGUCACUUCUCCCUUAGCCCUGGUUGUUUCUCGCUUUUCCUCGUUCCUCACCGAAAGCUCCUUUAGACUCUCUCAAAACCCGAGUUAUAUGUCUACCAUUGCUGCUAUUCCAAUUCGUGAAGGGUUCGGACUCGCGGAGUGAACUGGAAAAGUUGCCUGUGAAGAACUUGUAGUUUUCCACGUAGAAGGAACUGGCCAUAUAUCGGAGACAGGUCAGCUGGUUUUUUUCAGGUUCUCAGCUGUCUCCUGCGUCCUCCAACGAAGUGUUUAAAGGGAUGGUAUUGUAGAAACAAGCAGCCGGGUCUGUCGGCAAUACUGCCCGCUCCCGCAUUCUUCGUUAUUCACCACGUUGCGCUUUAUUUCGUUGAGAGAAAACCUGUGGGUAAAGUCCUUCCAUAAACAUCCAUGUCGAGCAAACACUCCUAUUCUCCGGUGAGCCGGCUUUGCUGUAGAAAACGUGCAGCAUUUUCUGCUCGAUAGAAUCGAAGAGUUGCGAAAUGGCUUUCCCACCGGAAGAAUGUAUUUUUGCCGCGUUUUGUAGAUAGUGACACUUUAUCUACGUGUCCGUGGAGAAUCGUGUACAUCCAUCCGUGCGAUUGCACGUGUCAUUGCCGCAGCCGCUAGAACGGUAGAAACGCAUAUGUUUCGUCUCAGUCAAAUUCUAGAACCUGUUUCUUGAAUAAAUUCGCGUGAAACCUGUGACAGCCGCUGCUAGUGAAGUUGCUUUCAGAGCCGUGUCAUCCCGGUGCUCCUCUCUGUCUUUGUAGAAUAAUCCGUGUAUUUCCUACACACUAACAACCGCCCAGAGUCUACCAAAGGGAAUAUCGUGACCUUUGUACACUCGUGUUUUAGUUUCAAAAACUCC